CUGCGCUGGCGUGCAGGCAGGGACCAUGAGGUUCUGUCUCUUCAGUGGGCUACUGAUCAGCACCUGCGCCCUCUACGUUCUGUCCGCCCAGCGUGGGAAACCGGUGAAAACGACGAGGCUUUUCCCCAAGUGGUAUGGAGCCCAAACAUGCACGGAUAAGAAACACUACGCCAAUCUCACCAACUACAGGAUCGAGUUGAACGAGUACGGGGCAGAGUAUAUCGCAGAUGCAGAAUGGUGGCUCUACCGCGGAAUCAAAGUGCUCACCAAGUUCGUGGUCAUCAUUCACCGCUGCUUGGGUGGCGUCUCGUCGAAUGCGUGCGAAUACUUUACAACGUGGACCUGGGACGCGGCUCUCUGUGCGCUGGUCCCCUCCAAGGGCGUCCUCUGGAGCCCCAUCGUCCAGACCAUGGAGCCUGAGUUCAAGUGUCCCAUUGCAGCGGAUGCUGCUUUUCUGCCACGACCGUGCAUGUGGAUCCAGUGCGAUUGGCAUUAGACGCCGCGUACUGCGCUGGCAUGCAGGCGGGGACCAUGAGGUUCUGUCUCUUCAGUGGUCUUCUGAUCAGCACCUGCGCCCUCUACGUACUGUCCGCCCAGCAUGGGAGACCGGUGAAAACGACGAGGCUUUUCCCCAAAUAUUAUGGAGCCCAAACAUGCACGGAUAAGAAACACUACGCCAAUCUCACCAACUACAGGAUCGCGUUGGACGAGUACGGGGCAGAGUACAUCGCAGAUGCAGAAUGGUGGCUCUACCGCGGAAUCAAAGUGCUC